AUGGGAUCAUCUAUCAAUUACCCAGGGUUUGUGAGCGAACCCAAACAGACAGUUGUGCCCAAACCUGUUUUCCUUAGAGAAAACCUUAAAUCCAAGCAAACGGCCGCAAAGUCGAAGCUUUCGCUGGCUUUGCAAAUCCAGAAAGACGAUGACGAGGAAGGUCCAGAGCUUUCUGUUCACAAGGAAGGUGAGGAGGCCCCAGAUUCUGAAUCAGACUACUCGUCGUGCGACGAGAAAAAUGAAGAAAGUCUAAUAGACUAUAAGCCGGGUGGAUACCACCCGGCCUCUCGAGGAGAAUUGUACAACAAUGGUCGGUAUAUUUUGGUCCGUAAGCUCGGAUGGGGCCACUUUUCUACCGUUUGGCUUGCCAAAGACACUGUCAGCAACGCACACGUAGCCAUGAAAGUGGUGCGUAGCGACAAAGUUUAUACAGAAGCUGCCUUAGACGAAAUCAAGCUUUUGAAACGUGUGAGCAGCAGUGAUGGAUUUCUUGAAGGUUUCUGCGAGGCUUCAAAACAUAUUCUCAGUCUUUUAGACAACUUCACCCACACUGGACCUAAUGGUAAGCACGUAGUGAUGGUGUUUGAAGUUUUGGGAGAGAACUUGUUGGCGUUGAUAAAAAAGUACGAACAUCGCGGUAUUCCCACGAUGUACGUAAAACAGAUAGCAAAACAACUGCUACUUGGUCUCGACUACAUGCAUAGAAAAUGCGGCGUUAUUCACACCGAUAUCAAACCAGAAAAUGUACUCAUGGAAGUGGGAGACGUUGAAGCGAUAGUUAAGAUGGUCGAGCUUCUAGAUAAACAGAAGAGAGAUCAAAGAAAAGUUCAUAGGCGUGCUACUAGAACAUCUAUUGAAACGCCAACUGCCACAGCAGUUUCAUCCAGAAGCAGCACAUCGGGGUCGCGGGAAAGGGUGAGUGGUCGUAGAUUGAGAAGACACACAUUGAUAACCGGAUCUCAGCCUCUUCCCUCUCCCUUAAGCUCGACAAAUUUUUUUGAAAUAAAGGCUCAGAUGAUGGGCCAAUCGCUACCUAGGCCGAUGCCUACUACUCCAAAAACCAAUGUAUCCGCUGGUGAGGAAGAGCAGGCUACAAAUUCACUUUCGUCAAUGGAAAUCUCGAAUACCACUGGUGAUGAUAGAACGGAAGAAGAAUUGCGCACAGAUUCCGAUGUCAUUCAAGUCAAGAUAGCGGAUCUUGGUAAUGCUUGUUGGUUCGACGAGCACUAUACAAAUUCAAUCCAGACACGCGAGUACCGCUCACCGGAAGUUAUUAUCGGAUGCGAAUGGGGGGCCAGCGCCGAUAUAUGGUCCGCUGCAUGUCUCAUUUUCGAGCUUUUGACAGGGGAUUUUCUCUUUGAGCCUGACGAAGGACAUUCCUACAGUAAAGAUGACGAUCACAUAGCACAGAUCGUAGAAUUGCUCGGCGAAAUACCGUCUCAAUUACUACGGACCGGCCGUCACGCACGUUCGUUCUUCAACUCUCGGGGUCAAUUGAGAAAUAUUUCCAAAUUAAAAUUUUGGCCAUUGAAGGACGUCUUGCGCGAAAAGUACAAGUUUCCGGAAGAAGAAGCACAAACUAUAUCGGAGUUUUUGCUACCUAUGCUACGAUUAAAUCCGAGCGAACGAGCCGAUGCAGGUGGAAUGGUGAACCAUCCGUGGUUGAAUGAUACUGUAGGUCUGGAAGGCGUACAACUGAGCGAAAGACAGCUAUACGGAAGCGGCGCGGAUAUCCCUGGCUGGUACCGAGAAGUCGCAGGCCACCCAAGACACUAA